GCCAACCAAUCGGAUCGCGAGGAGCCGUCGCGAGACGUUGCCUCACCGUUGUACGGGGGUUUCGGAGAGGCCAGGCCAGCCGCCGCCAUUUUGUCCGAGAGCAGCGAAGUGAGCGGAGUGAGCUGGGCCCGCGCUCUGCCCGUCCAGGCCCGUGUAUCUCCUCGCUCGCUCUCCCGCCAUGCCCGUGUAGGCCCCCCGAGCUCCCCCCCUCAGAGAGUGUGACCGAGCCGGGUAGAGCUCUCUCGGUGCCCCCCCGCCCAGCCAGCUCCAAGAUGUCGGAGGCGGAGGCCAGAGAAGACGCGUGUCGGGAUUACCAGUCGUCGCUGGAAGACCUGACCUUCAACAGCAAGCCCCACAUUAACAUGCUGACCAUCCUGGCCGAGGAGAACGUGCAGUUCGCCAAGGACAUCGUCACUGUUAUCGAAGCACAAAUCGCCAAGGUUUUUAUUACAAAAGAUAUUUUUAUUUCGUUAUAAGGCUCCCCCCCCCCAAUCCUCUCAUACCCACCCCCAAAUCCCAGCUCGGCAGGUGGAGGUAGUAACCCUCCCCGCUCCCCUCACAGCCCUCUCAGGCCGAGUCCUCCUGCCACAAUAUGGCGGCCGAGGCCGAUCCGCCCUGACUAACCCCCAGUCACAGGGAAUCCUGUCACAGCAAGGGAGGCUCCCAGCCGCCGGAGGACUACGACUCCCGGCAUGCUUCGCCACCCCUUGCCCAGCAUUUCGGGAUUGGUAGUUUUACAGCAGCUGGGAGUCUGACUCUUGGCCACCACCACCACCCUGGCUGUUGUGUUGAAAGACCCAUUGGAUUAUCUGUAGGUUUUUUUUUGUAGUUCUCAGCUAGAACAGUUAGGUUAUUUAGCUAGCUGUAGAUGGCAAAGCAUCAUGUUAGUUGUAGUUCUGGUGCUCUAUUAACUGCCUCUCUCUCUCUGUGACUCCCUUUUCCAGUGUCAAGUUAGAUCAGCUUUGGCCUACUCUCCUAAUCUUACUAUCACACAUUGUAGGUAUAAUGCUUGCAUGGUUAUCCUAGGAGCCAGAGGUAGGCAGCCUGAGGGACUCCAGAUGUCGUGGACUACAUCACCCUUGAUGCUUUCCCAGCACUAAGGCUGGUAUAGCAUUAUGGCUGAUGUAAUUCGCAGCAUCUGGAGUAGCGAUGGUUGCCUUCCCCCUGUAACCUAGGCCUUACAUGGUGGCCUUUGGACUGCUUUGAGAACCACUGCCAUACAGGGAUUCUUGGUGACUUGUUUUAAUGCACCACUAAACUGCUGGAUAAACUAUUUUAAAGGACCUCUAUAGUGCCAGGAAAACAUACUCAUUUUCCUGGCACUAUAGUGCCCUGAGGGUGCCCCCACCUUCAGGGUCCCCCUCCUGCCUGGCUCUGGAAGCAGGAAAGGGGUUUGAACUUACCUUUUUCCAGCACUGGGCGGGGAGCUCUCCUCCUCCGUUCCUCCUCCUGGGCUGAAUGCGCACGCGCGGCGAGCGCUGCACGCGCAUUCAGCCGGUCGCAAAAAUCACAGUGAGAAGCACGCAAGCGCAUCUAGUGGCUGUCAAUGAGACAGCCACUAGAGGCUUUGGGGGAAGGCUUAACCCAUUAAUAAACAUAGCAGUUUCUUAAAAAAUGGGUUAACCCUAGAAGGACCUGGCACCCAGACCACUUCAUUAAGCUGAAGUGGUCUGGGUGCCUAGAGUGGUACUUUAAGGUUAUUUUCACUUGCCUGGUUCAAUAACAAGUUAUUUUCUAUGGGCAAAGAAAUCCUCGCCCUGUUUUAUUAUUGAAAAAUAUGGUCUUUGGCCGUGUAUGGUAUUGGUUCUUGGAUCAGAUGUUUUUCUAUUUGUAAGUCACCAAAUUAUUUUGUAAUUUAGGCAGAAAUAAUGGUUUGGCUACUUACAUGUUGCUGUAGCAGGGAAUUUUAGGCACUUUAACCAUGGCAUCUCCUCUAGUGGUUAUAGUACUUGGUGUGUUCCAUUAAUAGUCCAACUCAUGGCCAUCAGUAAUACUUGUAUUUGCAGGUAGAUAACAGUACUUUAGGUUGUAUUAACCCCCUCACCUGUGUUUUGGCAGAUCCACAUGUGUUUACAUAGAUUUGUAUAAAAACUUAAGGGCCUUACAAACAACUUUUUUUUAACUGUAAAAUAAUAAAGCUAAAGUGAUUAUUAGUGAGCAGACAAUCUGACUUUAGUUUCAGAGUUUUAUCUAGUAUUGAGGUUUCCACAUGCAACCCAUAGUUAGGUUGGCCUCAAGUUAAAGGGACACUAUUGUCACUUGAACAACUUCAGGUGAGAGCUAUAGCUCCCUGCAGCCUUUCUCAUGUAAACACUGUAUUUUCUACUAAAUACAGUGUUUACAUUGGAAGCUAGGAACACCUCCAGUUGCAAUCACUCAGAGUGAACCAGAGGGACUUCUCAGUUGAUGGAGGUAUAAUAUGCCUCCAUCCACUCAGAUGUGCUGUCAGCAGAGCACAGGACAGCACUGUGCACAGCAUCCUGUGAUUCAGUAUCUCCUCCCUCUGCAUGCAGACACUGAACUUUCCUCAUAGAUAUUCAUUGAUUCAAUUCAUCUCUUUGAGGAGAUGCUGAUUGGCCAGGGCUGUGUUUGAAUCAUGCUGGCUUUGCCCCUGAUCUGCCUCUUUGUCAGUCUCAGCCAAUCCCAUGGGCAAGCACUGUGGUUGGAUCAGGCUACCACAUGUCAGCAGACUGCUUGCUUUUCUUAGUCUAACAGCAUGCAGAGUUACAGUUUUAGGCUUGAAUACAGUAAGAUUUUUACUAUAUUUAUGGAGGCCAGGGGGGGCUAGAUGGUGGUGUUAAACUUAUUCCUGACCCUAUAGUGAUCCUUUAAGAAAACAGUCCUGGCCAAUUAUGCUCUUGUGUAAGUAUUAGUGGCCCCCAUACUCCACUAACCUGAGUCUAGGGAGACUGAUCACUGAAUAGUUAUUACUGAUAUUCUCCUGACCCCACGCAAUCUAUAUUUUAAAGGGAAGUUAUACCGUUCUUGGUAAUUAAAAAAAAAAAAAAGGUGUAUUUCUGCCAUUUAUUGCUAUUUUUGAUGUGUUGUAUAGUUGCAAUCUUUUGGUAGUAAUGGAUACAAAUAUUACCAUAUUGGAUGCCUUGUACAGCUUUGUACAUUAAACUGGAGGUUAUAGAAGGAAAUAGUCUCGAACUGGAACGUUUAUGUAAUUGAAAUGGUUCCUGUAAUCAUGACACCUUAAACCCUUCCAUGUUCUCUAUGACGUCCUGUUAAACGACAUGAUCCUGCAUAGGUCUUCUCAUGUAUGGGCAAUGAGAUUACAUUGGUAUGUUUUGCACAUCCAAUAAAAACAUUACAUUUAUUUUUCGUUUUUGUGUAAACAGCAGGGUGUUUAUUUUGCAGUAAUUACGUCAGUGACUAAAUGGUCACUUAUAGUGCCAGUUAUAUUGCUUGAAAUUAUUUAGAUUAAAUAUAGCCUAGUUUUUUCAAUUUCUUUUGUCAUCUGCAGUUUUAGACAAGGAAUAUUCAGGUAAGUAUCUGUUAAUUUAUACAUUUGCUGUGUUUUUUUUUUUUUUUUUAACUAGCACAAAGAAUAAGUUAAAUAAACAAAAAACUCAAGCUGACCUUGAUAAUCAUUUUUACAUGGAGGGCCAUGAUAAGAACCAAAUCACUUAAUUUUAAUGCAUAGAUCAUGCCCCUGUGACCUUAUAGUUAAGAAUAGUGCUCUUUAAAAAAUAAAUAAUAAUUGGCCUUUUUUCUAUUUUUCCUUCCAUAUUUCCCUAGUGGCUAUAGGAGGAGCUUCCAUCUUAAAUCUAUUCUAAAUGGGCCUAUUUCUACAUCCAGUGUCAGCAUGCACCCUUUGCUGACACUAAUUGCAUGGCUAAUACUUCUCUGUGAUAGAGAAACAUUGUGGCACAAUGACACUGCCAUGCUCUGCCUAUCAUUUGCUUCUUUGUGUGAAGCAUUUGAUUAGAAAUUGCCCUGAACGAACACAAGCAAGACUGCUCCAGAAGAAUUUAUCUAAGUCAAGAUAGGUUGGGAUUGGUAUAAUGCAUGUUUAUUUUUAUUUAGACUAUUCUUUCUUAUGACUGGCAUUAUCAUUCUUUUAAAUCAGAGCAGACAAUCAUUGACUGUCUGUUCAGAUUAGGAGUGAGCGAGAUUUUGUUAAUGUGUGUAUUGUAAUUGAUUUCUUUUGAAAUCAUAUUUGCAGUCUGUUUGUGGUAAUAUAAAAUAGUAAGCUUGAUGCAUUUCCUAACUUUGUCUUGGCAUGAUAUUGCUAUAUCAAAAGAUUGCAACUUCAUGCAUAAAACAUUGUGGCAGAAAAUACUACCCUGGUCCCCUGCUCAACAAAUGCGAGAAUAUGCAAAUAUGAGCUAGGCAUAAGGUAACAUAUACAUUAAUUUGUAGUUAAAGCUUUCUGUUUUUUUUUCUGUCAUUUUUUUUAUUUUAUUAUAGUGGAUCAUGUACUUAAAGGACCACUAUAGUGCCAGGAAAACACUUGUUUUCCUGGCUCUAUAGUGUCAAUAGGUCCCCCCCACCCUUAUGGCCUCCCUCCCGCCGGGCUGAAGGGGUUAAACACUUAUCUUUUUCCAGUGCCGGGCAACUCUCCUCCUCCUUCUUCCGAUGUCAUCGGCGCAUGCGUGGCAAGAGUCGCGCGCGCAUUGUCAGUCCAUAGGAAAGGAUUUCUCGAUGCUUUCCUAUGGAUGUCAUCGUCUUCUCACUGUGAUUUUUCAUAGUGAGAAGUGUGGAUGCACCUCUAGCGGCUGCCAAUGAGACAGCCACUAGAGGCUGGAUUAACCCUAGUGUAAACAUAGCAGUUCCUCUGAAACUGCUAUGUUUACAGCUGCAGGGUUAAUCCUAGAUGGACCUGGCACCCAGAAGUGGUCUGUGUGCCUAUAGUGGUCCUUUAAAGGGACAAAAUAAAAACAUUCCUUUGCAUUUCUCUAAGCCAUUGUCUGGUGUAGUAUUUUACAUGAUAUUUCAUUGCCAGCCUUCCCAUGGUUUUCAGUGGGAGCAUUGUAAAUAUUAUGUAAGUGGCUAGUAUUAAUAAAACGUGAAUGUAGCUAAUCUGACAAUGCCACAUGUCAUUCACCAGAUUUUCUAUGACUUCUCGAUCACAAAUGUAUAGUAAAGUUAUCUAUGUAUAUCCUACAGUGUAUACUAAGAUGUAAUUUAUUCUAAAAUGGGAGUUGUCAACUACUCCAUGAAUGAGUCAAUAAUGAGAAAACUAUAGCCACUAACUUUUUCUAGAUAACAGGGUUAAAAGCAAACUUUUGCCAAAAAAGUGUACUCGGCUUAUGUCAAAUAAAUAUAUAUAUAUAUAUAUAUAUAUAUAUAUAUAUAUUUCAUUUUAUAGAAAAUUUAUAGAUGACAUGAACUUGCCGCGCUGAGUGACUCAACAGCUGAUGCUGAUUGGAUGGGUUGCACGCCGAUCCUAAAUUCCAACCACCCACCCAGUAAAUUUAGGUAUCUCUCCUUAGCAUGCACAGUAAGCCUAUAAGCUUUGCGGAGCGCUAGCUCCAACUGUCUUUUUACACACGUAAGAAUAAAAGCUAGAUGUAAAACAGGUUUUUAAAGCUCUAUUAAUUUGAAGAAAAAUGCAUUAUGGUGACUGUUCCACUUAAACUUAUUUUUAUUUGCGAAGGAUGGAGUAACUUCCCUUUUUUAAAGGUUAAUAUAGCCCAUUUGUUACCAUAUGUCAAUACCUGCAGUUUUUCCCUUUUCAUUGCAAUUUCACAAUUAAAGGACCACUCUAGGCACCCAGACCACUUCAGCUUAAUGAAGUGGUCUGGGUGCCAGGUCCAGCUAGGGUUAACCCAUUUUUUUUUAAUAAACAUAGUUUCAGAGAAACUGCUAUGUUUGUAAAUGGGUUAAUCCUUCCUCCAAUUCCUCUAGUGGCUGUCUCAUUGACAGCCGCUAGAGGCGCUUGCGUGAUUCUCACUGUGAAAAUCACAGUGAGAGCACGCAAGCGUCCAUAGGAAAGCGUUAUGAAUGCUUUCCUAUGAGACCGGCUGAAUGCGCGCGCAGCUCUUGCUGUGACUGCGCAUUCAGCCGAAUGGGAGGAUCGGAGGAGGAGAACUCCCCGCCCGGCGCUGGAAAAAGGUAAGUUUUAACACCUUCCUCCCCCCCUCAGCGUGACGGGAGUGGGACCACUAUAGACUUGUUUUCCUGGCACUAUAGUGGUCCUUUAAGCAUUGUUAAGCUACAGUACAGUUGACACCAGGUAUGUAAUGAUUAUAAUGUUUAGCAGUGCUGCUCAAAGUACUGAUGUAUGAGACCCACAAUUUGUGUGUUGGAGAGCAUUACUCAAUUCAUAUCAAUGUCAGUGUGACUCAGCUGGCUCUGUCUUCCGCUUGCAGGCCUGAUAAGAAGUGAACAUUAACUCUGGACCUCACAGCAGGUCAAUGGAUCAUCACUUUGAGAAGCACUACUAUAUUGUUUAGUGAGGAUUUAGGCAAUCUGGCUUUUGUUGGGAUUGCAUUUCCCACAAUGUUUAAGCCAUACGUAUGUCAGUGCAAUAUGGGUAACUUUGUUUGCAACAGCUAGUGUGUGGUCGGUCUAAAUCCCUUCUGAAUCCCUGCUUCCUAACACCUCCUUCAGACGAAUUGCCUUAUUAAACAAUCUGUUGUCAUUAUUGUUCAGUACAAAAUGCCCGUUGCAUUUAUUCAAACAUGUAGAAUGAUGUUAGCUCUUUAGAGAGGUAUUUUCUAACUUUGCUCUUUGCCCACUUUGCAGCUAUCUUUAAUUACACAGCUGUCUGUAUGAUUUCCUCAUGCUACACAUUGUGUGCACCACUGUCUUCUAGUGUAACACUGAGUAUUAGUAUACAUUUCAAUAAAUGACUUGAAACCGUGUGACUGGUAUGCUAUAAUCUGUAAAUAAAAUGUAUUAAAUAUGUAUUUGUCUUUUUAUUUACUGUUGUUUAUGUGCUGUAUGUGUUGUAUUCAUAAGGUGUAAAAAGGUACAUGAUGGAAAUCACUGAAAUUUUUUUUUUUUUUUUUGAGGCUUUCGUUGCCCUACGAUAACUGAAAAAAGAAGCUGGUUUUUAUUUUAUUCACAUAUUUAUAUAUUUUUUUAAAAAAAUAAUAAUUUUUUUUCCAACCUUGCCUACUGACAUAUUGGGUGGGGGUGCACACUUUAAAUUUUGUCCAACCUUUUUAUUUUUAAUUAUUUAGUUGGAAGUACUAAUCAGAAUUUUAAUUUUUUUAAUAUAUAUACUCAUAAACAUACACCAGCAUAAUUACACUAAUUAUACAUUUUACAAAGUUGGUUCUCAGCAGAUGUUUGCUAAAUUAAGUAAUUUUGGGUGUUGGUCUCCUGGUAUCCUUACUCUGCAUGGGGGAAGGGGGUCGGGGGGUUAACCUUUUUUAAAUGUGCUUUAGAAAAUAUUGUUCAUGAGUUAUUUUGUGAAGGGAUCUGUUGAGACUCUAAAGACUUGUAAGGUUGUUCUAAAAUAUCACACACGUUAAUAUUACGACUGAGCAGGUUGACAAACCCAUUAAGGUAUUCGUGAACUUGUUGGAGGUUGGCCAACAUCACAUUGUGUAUGACUAUUACAUUCUAGAUACAUUUCAAGGUACUUUCCAAAAUACUAUAACAUUUCACAAAUCUGAUAGCAUGGAUGAGAUUUUUUUUUUUUUUUAAGGGUAUUAUUCAAAUCAGUACUACUGUUAUAUGCAUGUUGCAAGAAGGAUUAGUGUUUUCUGUGAGACUUGAACGUGUUAGUGGGAAGAUUUUUGAAGGAGACACGCUGGCUGACUUGCCUGGUUUUAGGGAUGGUAACCUUUUCUCCACAGCAGCCGUUUAAACAGUUGACUCAUUUCACAAAUUAGGAACACAAAGUGCCUUUGGAUAAAUGAUUGCACUUUUUCUGGAUGGUUUUAAGUAUCCUUACUUGUCUGUACAAAUUGUUUUCAACGGUUGGCAUGGUGGAGUCAAGAUUAUAAAUAAACCUCUACAAGUAUGGAGAACCUGCAUUCUGUCCGACUUUGGAGUUCCUGAAAUGGAUGCUGCGGUUUGCCUAUUGAAAGAAAAUAUACGUUUCUCAUUGUAAAAAAAUAAAAGGAAAAAUAAAUCCCAAAAGUUUGACACGUGGAUGCAAUACAAUGGUGUAAUACUAAAUACAGACUGCUUAUUUUGGAUUUCAAAACACUAAGAAUAAACAAACAAAAAAAACACUAAAUACUUCCACUCUGCAAAUUUGGACCCUAUAAAACCUUUGGCCGUAUAAUAAUAUGCUUUGGUUUGUAUACACAUGGGAGUAAAGCGGGAUUAUGGUUUUGUCAUAUUAAACUUUAUCAGUUUUCUUUUAUUUAGGCUCCAACUUCAGAGAAACUUCCAGUCAUGUAUCUAAUGGAUUCCAUUGUUAAAAACAUCGGAAGAGACUACCCCACAGCAUUUGCUAAAAACCUAGUUACUACAUUUGUUAAUGUGUUCGAAAAGGUAUAGAUGAAUAUUUCUUUCUUUUCUCUGAAACCUUGUAAUGUAGUUUUUUAAAAAGAUAAAAUUUAUUUUAAUGUAAGAUGUAAUUUGACUUUCACCUUUAGUUCAAAGCGGUGGUUACCAGCACUGUCGUUUUGGAACAUCAAUUAUCUAGAUUUUUGGCAGUACGCCCUUUGGAACAGAAUUGGGAAAUGCAUAAACCUUGGGCUGUUUGUGUGCCUUUAGGACUGGAUUUGGAACCACUGCUCCUAAAUAUUCCUUUGUCUCAUACUUUUCUUAAUUUUAGGAAAAGUCAGCGGUUAAAACAAAAUCGUUAACAAAACCCUAUAGUCUGCUUAAUGAAGCAGUUUUGCUGUAUAGAUCAUAUCCAUGCAGGUUAAGUGCUCAAAUCUGUUUAUUUAGGAGUUAAAUCACUUUGUUUAUGCAGCUAAAGGGACACCUCCCUGCAUGUGACCUACAUGGCCUUCCUAAACACUUCCUUUAAAGAGUCAACUCAUGUUUACACUUACUUUAAGUUAAAUUUACAGAGCAGGAAAAAAAAUCUUUAAAGUAAGUUGUAUCUGAAAGUGAAACCAUUUUUUCAUGCAGGCUGUGUUGGUAACAGUCACGGGAGGUGUUGGUAGGGAUGCAUGGACAGAAACACAAGUGAUUUAACUCCUAAAUGGUGGAAAAUUGAGCAUUGAAACUUUAGAGGCAUAAUCUAAACGGCAAACUUGCUUCAUUAAGUUGAAGUUGUUUUCGUGACUAGUGUCCCUUUAAGUCUACUAGCUUUUGAGCAUUCUUGUGAUACUGAGAUGGCUUCAGAGAACAAGUACAACAAUGGAGGGUAGUACUGUCUGCUGUCCAAUGCUUAUAGAUCAAAUCCUCUCUCCAUCCCCUUAUUUUACAAAGAACUUUAAAAAAAAUUUUAAAGCACAAUUUAUUUUUAUUUUUUUAAAUAAAUGCAAAAAAAAAAAAAAAGAUGCCAUUUUUGUUUCCUUCUAAAAUGUUAGAAUUGUUAUACACUUAUUGGUCAGUUUAAUCCGUACUAAGUUCCUGCUUUGUGACGUUACCCCUCCGUCUUUCAAUUGUAUUAUUUGUUGGUUUACAUGCUUGGGUUUUAUAGCGAAAUUUUUAUAUAAAUUAAUCUUGGAGAUAUAUUUUCUAAAAAGCACUGUGGGUUCCUUCUAGCUCAAAAUGGCAACAUUUGAUAAUCUUGUCUGUUGUGGUCUACGUUUUAAUCUUUACAGCUACGGGGGGUAACAAGUUUGUGUAAUCCAUUAUAGUUUUGUAUAAUUAAACUACAUUGCUUGUGCAUCACUGUUCAUAGCUAUAGUCCUUUUAAAAUAAAUAUUUAAAGGGACACUGUAGGUACUAUAACUAUUUCAUUUAAUUGCUUAUAGUACCUGGGUUCCCCUUGCACCAUCUUUCCAUUUAAUUUUAAACCAUUUUGAGCAAUUUAGCACAAAUAUAUAUAAUAUAGGUCACUGGUCACCCACAGCUAAUGCUUCCUCAUCUGCUAUAGCAGCACAGAGGGAAAUUGCUGCUGAGGACUCUCACUUUGUAUUAAAACAUUACCAACGGUUUAACGCUUAAAGGGCCACUAUAGUGCCCUGAGGGUGCCCCCACCCUCAGGGACCCCCUCCCGCCCGGCUCUGGAAAGGGGUUUAAACUUACCUUUUUGCAGCGCUGGGCGGAGAGCUCUCCUCCUCCGUUCCGCCCCGUCGGCUGAAUGCGCACGCGCGGCAAAAGCUGCGCGCGCAUUCAGCUGGUCGCAUAGGAAAGCAUUUACAAUGCUUUCCUAUGGACGCAGGCGUGCUAUCACAGUGAGAAGCACGCAAGUGCCUCUAGUGGCUGUCAAUGAGACAGCCACUAGAGGCUUUGGGGGAAGGCUUAACCCAUUAAUAAACAUAGCAGUUUCUCUGAAACUGCUAUGUUUAUUAAAAAAUGGGUUAACCCUAGCUGGACCUGGCACCCAGACCACUUCAUUAAGCUGAAGUGGUCUGGGUGCCUAGAGUGGUCCUUUAAAGAAAGGUUGGAGCCAGGGGAUUCCAGGUACUUUGCCACCUCAAUGAGGUAAAGCAAUUACUGUUCCCGUUAAUGUUCACUCUAUACAUUGACAUGGUUGGGGAAACGUUUGUGACAUGUUUUUCUUUUAAGUACAUCUAGAAUUUAAGAGUGUUGUAAAAACUGGUGUGUAGUAGGUACCUUACCUGCCAUGAAAAUUAACAGCAAAUUAAUGCUAUUUUACAUUGACAGCCACAUUACAUCUGUUUUGGGCUUUGUUGGUGUUAACUCAAACCAGUCAGUGGCAAACACGAGGUCCGUUUAUCAGCGCAAUGCAAGACCCUUGACUUUGCAUUUAAUUAGUAGAUGGGACAAAAUGUGAAAACUAUGAAUGUGGGUAACAGAACGCAUACAGGUCAAGCUGAUUGUUCAGUCACUGAGUAAUGCAGGGAGACAUUACAUGUGUCCUAAAGCAUACAUGUCUUUCUCUUACACUAAUUAAAAGUUCAGUAUAUAUCUUUUACUUUUGUUUAUUGAAUAAACAUUAUCUUUUAUACCCAGCUGACUUGCAACAAGUACUGUGGGUUCGGUAUAAACAAGGUUGUUCACUAAAUUGUGAUUUAUAAGGAAUCAACAGUGAGUGUCUGCAUUUAGGACACAAUAGCCUAAUUGGAAGGGUAGUUGACUUACAGACUUUAUUUUUCUUCCCAUUUGGAUAUUUUGGACAUAAAUUUUGAAUUCCUUACAGUUCACAUCUCAGUCAAUAACCCUGUAAAAGUAUGUUGAUGUGUAAUAAAUUGCCAAGAUACAGAAUUGUUUUGCUUUCAGGUGGACGAAAAUACUAGAAAAAGUUUAUAUAAAUUACGUUCGACAUGGGAUGCCAUUUUUCCUUCAAAGAAAUUGUUUGCGCUUGAUGUGAGAGUCAACUCCAUAGACCCAGCUUGGCCAAUUAAACCUGUACCUCCAAAUGUUAACACUGCUAGCAUUCAUGUGAACCCCAAAUUCUUAAACAAAGUAAGUAUAAUGCUUUUUUUUUUUUUUUUCAUGCUUUUUAAUUCUAUAAUUGGUUUAAUUUGCUUGAUGCAUUUUUCGCUGACAAACCAGGACUUUGAGAAGUUUAAAGCACAUUUAACAGAACUUAAGUAUUACAGUUUAAAUGUUUUUUUUUUCUUCCUGGAAGGAGUGCAUGUUGAGUUUUAUCUGUAAUAACAAAUGAAUUCUGUUAACAUGCCCCUGCUUCAACAUAUUCUUGUAUGUAAAUCCUAGUUCUAGUGGAGCAAUAGUAAUUGCUUUUAAACAUUUUAUUCCCCUUCCAUCAGUCAGAGGAAUCUCCUCCAGCCACCAUUCCAUCCCCAUCUGCUGUACCACCUCGCCCAAGUAAUCCUGAUGUACAGAAGCAACUGUCUCAAGAGCAGGUGAUUAGGCAACAAUUGCUGGUGAAGCAAAAACAGUUGUUAGAACUUCAACAAAAGAAGUUGGAGCUUGAGUUGGAACAAACAAAAGCACAACUGGUGAGUAGGAUUUGUUUUAUUGUAGUAGUUUAUAGUAUUGAAAUAGAGUGAUGGUCUCCUUACCACUUCACAGAUGGUUCAAGUAGUGUUAUGAGGGUCUCUCAGUACAACCAUUACCUUGUUUUGGUUAUGUUUGUUGUUUUUUUCUGUAGUUUGCCUGUUGGAACAAAAGCACACUUAACAGCAUGAACCAACUGAGCUUUUACAUUUUGCAAAAAAGGCUAUUUUUUAUUUUAUUAACUGACUUUGUAUAAUUUUUUUUUAAUAUCAUUUUAUUUCUUGAAAUUGUUUAUAGAGCAAUAUAUAAUGGUUUUAUUUUUUUCCCACCAGGCAAGCAGUAUUAGUUCUGUUUCGCUACCUGUAAAACCUAAUACUGCUACACCAGAGAUUCGCCACCCUCCUGCUAAACUUCCACUCCCUCCCCCUCCUCCUCCUCCUGUAAAUCUUGAAAAGAGCAGAGCUUCCGUAUCUACACAGCCCCCUGACAGGCCCCAAGUGCCAAUCAGAGACCCUCGCCUUAUUAGAGCUAAUCCACAUUUGCCACAUAAAGACCAAGGUCAUAAAAAAGAACUGAAACCCAUUACAUUGAGUACAGCUGACAUUAAGCAAACUAAACCUAUACCAAUUGAAAAGAACGUUGGAAAAGUAGAAAAGGCCAAGUUUAAUGAAAAACCACUUAAAAAUGACCCUGUGGAAACUGAGCUGAAAGGAAAAUCCAAAUCUCCAUCCCCUCUUAAAAUGAAGUCCCCUCACACAAAGGAGAAGUGUCAAACUCCAGAUAAUGUAAGGAGUGCUGAUCUAACUAAGAAAGAUCCAAGGCUACGGAAACACCUAAGAGAUAAAACUGAUGAGAGAGACGAUGUAACUAAAGAGAAGAAAAAAUGUCUGGAAAAGAGAGAAGAGCACAAAUCCAUUGAACACAGACAAACUGGAAAUCGGAAUAAAAUUGUAAAUGGUGUGUCUCCAAAAAAGGAUAUAAAUAUUAUUGAUUCUGAUAAAUUAGCUGCUAAAUCUGGAAGAAUGAGCAAUCGAAAGCGAUCACAUUCACCAAAACCUAGGUCGCCUGUGCGUUCAACAAAAUCCCGGUCUCCGGUGCGUUCACCAAAGCCUCGAUCACCAGUACAUUCCCCUAAACGGAGGGAAAGACGAUCGCCAAAGAGAAGGCAACGAAGCAUAUCUCCUAUUCCUCCUCUCAUGGAUUUAGUCAAAUUGCGUCCUCCUGGCAUGGAUUUAGUCAAAUUGCGUCCUCCUGGCAUGGAUAUAGUCAAAUUGCGUCCUCCUGGCAUUAAACCACCCCAUGGAGAUGAUUUUCCAUCAAAUACACGAGAGGAAAGAAGUAAAAGGAUUCCAAAAAUAGAUGCUCGAGAUAAUCGAAGGCUUAAGAAAUCUUCAGAGGAAAGACAGAAAGAUCCUCUUUCUCCUGUUUCCUCGAAGUCCAGUUCUGAGCCAAAAGAAAAUAUAGAAAAUUGGCAAGGAUUGAAAACUAGUAAAAGAUGGAAAUCCACAUGGGAAGAAAAUAAAAGGUAAGUAGAACCAUGCUUCUUAUUUUUUAUUUUCAAGUUAUUGUUUUAAAGGGACACUCUAAGCAUAGGUACUAACACUUUUCUCUUGCUUUGUAAAACAGUGCCAUUUCUGAGAAAUAAAUGACAAUGCCUUCUCCUCUCUUUGCUCUGUCAUUUCUAAAACAUGUUGCAGUGCACAAAAGAGAGGCCUUUUUUAGUGGGAAGAUUAGGACUAUAAUUAGCUGGGCAUAGUUUGCAAGGGCAAGUAACAUAAGGAGUAGGAAUUUGGACAUCAUUUUGGUUUGGUCAUAUAGUGAAUGGGAUACUUUAUAAUUUUGUGAGGUGGCUUGUAUAAAUUAAAAAAAAUUAAAUCCAGUUCAGCCAAAUGCAAACACUGCCAUUUGUUUGAAAUGUCAGAGAAAAAGUACAUCAGCUAUUCUUUGUGUUCCUUUAAAACAUAAUCCAUAAAAAGGGACCUAAAUCUAAACAUGGGAAUGUAAAAUGCUGCUUUAACAGCCUUUCCUGAGUAGCAUACUAAUGUUUCGGCACUUUAAAAGCAUUACACUAGCAAUAGUUGGCUUACAUUCUGAUGAAUUGAUCGUACUCCUUUCAAAAACUCCUCUUCAGGCUGUGGUGCCAUUUUAACUUCUAUCUUUGUUUUUAAAGUUUGCAGAAUGAAGAACACCAUCCAGGUAAUAGGAAUCCAUACCCAAGGCACAGAGAUAACUGGCAAAAUAAUAAAGGAAUAUUGUCUCCCCGCACACAAAAGCAACAACCGUGGCUAAGUGUUGACGCAGAUUUAAAAAUACCAAAAGAAUUGACAAGUGCAAGUAAAGGAGAAUUACUUAAAAAGGUAAUUUGUGUGUCUGUGGUUUGUUUGUGGUUUCAGUGACCUGCUCCCUAGGUCUUGAGUAUGUGGCUUGGAGCCUAUAUGUGUGUGUAACAGGGUAUUGAUCCUGAUUUUUAAUGUGUAUUGAUUUUAUAAAAAAUGGAUAGGAGGGUUGCCAAUUGACUUGUUUUGCCAACAGCCUCUUCUAUACUUUUAGGUAUGUUUGUUUUGUAUGUGAAAUCUAUUUAGGGAUUGCCACCUCUUCCACACUUCUAGGCUUUUCCAUUAAUAAGUAGGUGGGGCCUAUGAGUUACUGUAAUAUUCUGCAGAGCUGCACAACAGCGGGAAUAUAUACAAACACAUACUGGUUCAAGUUCUGUAAUACUUCCAGACAAUCCCAUAAAAUGAAGUUUUGUCUUGUGUGCAAUUCUAAAUACAAAAUAUAACUAUCAUUUUUUACCUUAGGCUAAUGAACGAUUGGCAUCCGGUGAAAUAACACAGGAUGAGUUCCUUGUUGUGGCUCAUCAAAUUCGGCAACUCUUUCAAUAUCAAGAAGAAAAACGCAGAAAUAGCAACACAUGGGAUAGUCCCACUGAGGAAAGCAAAGCAGGACUGAGGAAAAAACCCCUUCUCUCCAAUGCAGAGUUGACCUACUAUGAGCAUAAGGCAAGACUUAAAAGGACACAAGUCCAACAUCCAUUUCCAGGGCCUGAUCUUUCGGAAUCUGAGUUUUUAGAUUACCAGCUGGAUGAAAUGGUACAUUCAGGUCGAGAAAGUGAACAUGGCGGAAGGAUUUCUGCUGGCAUCUCUGAUAGAAGUGAACCAUUUUCAGAGAGACAAAGGCACUUGUCUCCUAUACCUGACUCCAGGCCUCAUGAUGGAGAUGCUCCCAUUGAGAGUCAAAGAAGACCUGAUGAUAAGAGAGAGCUUUCAACAGGUACAUUUAACAUGUAAACCACUUUUUAACUGCAGUUAUCUAUGUUUAUUCACGGAAUCCUCUAUCCGUUUUAGUGUACAUUUCUCUUAAAAUAUUUGGGAAAACUACAUUUUUUGUUGGUUAACUGAUUUGCAUUUAAGAUUUUCAUCAACACCACAAAGGAACCUGAUGCCAAGACUAAAGCAAAUAGCUUAUCCAUUGUCAAGCAAUAUUACCUUAUAUUCAGUUUUUGCAAUGAACACUUAUAUUUACUUUCUUUUAUGUUAUAAAAUUUAUCAUUUUAUUUAUUUUUUCCCUCCAAAGGAUUAAGAGAAGAACCAAUAUCUCCCUACAAUGAGCAUUUUCAACACAACAGACCCAGAUUUGAUGGAUCAGAGCAAGCACUGUUUAGUGAUGGUGACUCAAGAAUAACUGGAAAUGAUGCUAAACAUGGUACUUUGCUUGAUGAUAGAAGACAAAUCCAUGACGUCCCAUUAAGACUGCCUCCUGGUACAAGGAUGGAUUUGCCUGCUGUGAAAGGCUUUGAAGAAUCUCCCAAUGCAGCAAACAUCAGAGAGAAUUCUCCAUCAAAUGCUUGUAUGCGUUUUGAUGGUCCAUCAGGGAACCAGAUGGGCUCUCAGCACUUUGAGCAAAUGCAAGUUGAUGCUCCUUUUGAACCCAUGGCUAGCAAGCCAUUGGAUGGUCCAAGGUUUGAAAGUACAUCUGUUCAGCCUGUAGGUAUGCAGAGGUUUGAUGUUGCACAAACUCAGAUUGCACCUGUCCAGCCUAUGGGUUCUCAAGGUCAGCCUUUAGGAAGACAGAGAUUUGAAGGAGUGCAAGGUCCACCAUUGAACGCCCAAAGAUUUGAAGGAACUCCAGGCCAACCAUUAGGACCUCAACGGUUUGAAGGCAUGCAGACUUUGGGUUCCCAAAGAUUUGAAGGCACAGUAGGUCCACAAAGAUUUGAUGGGUCACCAAGACCACCAUUAUUGCAACAAAGGUUUGAGGGUCCACAGUGCCCACCCAUGCGGUUUGAACAACCAGUUGGACAACAAAUGCGAUUUGAUGCAAAUGUGGGGCAACCAGUAGGUUCAAUGCGAUUUGAAGGACCUCAUGGUCCAAGGUUUGAUGUAAACCAGCCUCCACGUUUUGACCAUGGACCUGGUCCACAAUCUUUAAUUAGGUUUGACGGGGCACCGAGAUUUGAUGGAGCUCCCAGAUUUGAUGGACCUCCAAGGUUUGGUGCUCCCAGAUUUGAUGGACCUCCAAGGUUUGAUGGUGCUCCCAGAUUUGAUGGACCUCCAAGGUUUGAUGGUGCUCCCAGAUUUGAUGGACCUCCAAGGUUUGAUGCUCCUGUUAAUAGAUUUGAAGGUCAACCAGCCCACUUGCCAAGGUUCGAUGUGCUACAUGGCCAACCUUGCCAAAGGUUUGAAGGUCCCCCUGGACAUCAAACUCCUCCAAGAUUUGAUGGACCUAUGCAAAUGCAGCCAUUAUUUGAUGGACCUAUGCCGCAAAGGUUUGAUGGCCCUAAUCCACAACCACGAUUUGAAAUGCCGAUUGGGCAUCAAGGGCCAAGGUUUGAAAAUGUAACUCAUCCACCAAUCAGGCAAAAUGCACCACCUUAUGGCCAGACUGGACCUUAUGUUGAUCAUCAAAACAUGUUUCAGGGGCCUCCUCAAGGAAUGCCAUUUCAAAGACCAGAGCAAAGAUUUGACAUGCCACCAGGUCCAAACCUUACUGGACCUCCUCGUUUUCCAAACCAGAAUCUUAGACCACCUGGACCUUAUUUUGAUGACAAAAGUCAACAAGGACCUCCAUUUGGAAGUUUCAGUAAUCUGUCUGUAGGAAAUAUGCCAGCAAGUCAACCAGUAAGUAAAAAUAAAAUCUUGAAUAACGUUUAUCAUUUGUGUGUGUGUGUGUGUGUAUGUAUGUAUGUAUGUAUGUAUAUAUAUAUAUAUAUAUAUGUGUGUGUGUGUGUAUGUAUAUAUAUAUAUAUAUAUAUAUAUAUAUAUAUAUAUAUAUAUAUUUAUUCUAUGAAACUUCAAUUUGUUUUUUAAUUUGUUCUUCAGUUCCCUCCCCCAGCGCCUUUCAAUCAGGAACAGCCUUUUGUACCACCCUCACAAGGGUCAAAUGUGGGAGUAUUUGUAAACAACCAGCCAGGUAUGUACUAAGAGUGUUCUUUUUCAUUUUGCAAAAUAUGCAGAUUUCAAUAGAGAUUGACACUCUUAUAAAUUAAUCUGGUAACACUAUCUUUCUGCUACCAAGCAGACAACAGGUAAUGUUAGUUCUUGGUUUUGUUAUCUCAGUGGAGGUAACGUCAAGAGGCAGCAAUUGCUCAGAGCUUCUGCUUGCAAAAGACUUCUCACUGCAGUGAGCUGCAGGUUUUACAAGCUGUUUUUAGAUUAACCCCCAAUAAAAAAAAAAAAAAUGCAUUUAAGUUUUCAUUUAGUAUAUUUUUACUAAACAGUGAUUUUUAUUUUGUAUUUGGGCAGUAGAGUCUCUCCAACUUUUUUUUUUUGCUCAUUUAAUAUUACCAUGUUUCAUAAUUGGGGUGCAUAUUUUUCUUUGCUAUUUUUCAUUGCAUGCAGAAUCUAUGAAUCUGCUUGUUUUCUAGUGUGGUGUUUGAUUUCUUUAAUUUUUUUUUUAAAAUUUUCUAGUGUCUUAUUACAAAUGCAUGCAUAUUAAGUGGUUGACAUGUGAAUCUUAUAUUCAUACAUUUUUGUGAUAAUUGUACAUAAUCCAUUUCAGCUGCGUCUCUUACCUAUCCUGAAAAUCACUUGGGACAGCUUGAUGUUAAUGAGCUCUUCUCAAAGCUGCUUUCAACAGGAAUCCUUAAAGCUUCUCAAACGGAGACACCGAGUCGUAAGUCACUUUCUCUUUAUUUAGAGCUCUGUGAAAUAUUUAUAGAAUAGAUAUGUAAACUUAAAGGGGCACACUAGAAUUUGGAAUACAAACCUAACCAUAAUCUCCUAAAGUCGUCCUGUCCUAUAAAGUGAGUUUACCUGCUCUUGUGUAGUGCAGGUUCCUGUGGUGGCUCUGCCCGUUCUCCCUAGUGCGAUGUCGUCAUGUAGAUGUUGCCUACACAUCUGUGCGUGACGAUUGCCACGAUCUGGUAGUCAACAUCUUGUUAGAAUCAUUGCAUUAUAUUAUUAUCCAUAUGUCACAAGCCAUGAACGGCACUACGCAUGAUAUGGUAUGUGACCCGGAAAGUAACAGUCCCAGCUAUCUCAAGGGAUUAGAGGCGUUACUUGAAGCUGUGCUUCAAAAUAUUCAGUACUGUAGGUGAAGACCUACUGAAGGCACUAUAACCUUUUUUAAAUAAGAUUUUAUAGUGCCUCUGAAAGUCACAAAUCAGAGGUCCAUCUGAAUCCUUCAUUGUAUUUUAGUAGGUCAGGCACUAGGCGCUAUGCUACUUAACGGUGCCUUGGUUGCCCAACAAAUCCAUGUUCUAUAUUCUCUUGGAUUGUCUAAACUUAGAUUUUAGAAAAUUGACUUAAAGAGCAAAGUAGUUUAUUUUAUCAUUGACGUACUAUGUAGUAUAUUGCUAGUAACAACCAUCUUUUUACUGUACAAAUACAAAUAUUUCAAAUCCUUUUUUUCUAUUUUAAUUCUAGAAUCAACAAGUGAAGCACCUGAAUCAGAGCCUGCAUCACAACCUCCUCCUGAGGAAGAGGAUGAUGAACCUGUUGAGGACCAGGAUGUCCCUGAUUUGACUGGUUUUUCCAUGGAGGACCUGAAACAGUAUGUAUAAUUUAAAAAGUUGGAUUGAGGAUAAAUAAGUGAAAAGACUUUUGAAGAGAUGUUCUUCUGACAUUUAUAUCUCCUUCAAAUAUUCAACAUUUUGCGCCACCAUAACAGCUACUUUGGCACACAAAAAACCAUUCAUAUUUUGGGUAAUCCAUUCUAUGAUAGUGUGAUGCAAUAGAACAGUGGCAGAAAGUCUGUGAAAUGUGUCUUGUCCCUGAUAUAUUUACAGUGUGUGGGGUUAUUUUUUUUCCCUUUGUUUUGUUUUAAAUGUUUGUGCCAAAACUAUAUCAGACCAAACAGGGAUGUCUGAUAUUUUAUUGGUGCUCUUUGUGGCUUAUGCCUAUCAUGUAUAUUUUGGAAGUUUCAAGUCACUUACAUAGUGUGAUGAUUGUGCAGUGUAGAGUGCCGUGUAGUAGUUUCUAGAUACCCAAUUCUGAUUUUGAUUAAACAAAAAAAAAUGGUAUUGUGAAUCUUUAGGUGCUGUGUUUAUAUGUAUUGAAUUGUCACCAUGAGAACUUUAAAACAUAACCACACAAUUUCUUAAUGCAGGCGAUAUGAAAGCGUUAUUACUCGGUUAUACACUGGCAUCCAGUGCUAUUCAUGUGGCAUGAGGUUCACAAAAUCCCAGACAGAUGUGUACGCUGACCACUUGGAUUGGCAUUAUCGUCAAAACAGAACAGAGAAAGAUAGGAAAAUAACGUAUCGUCGGUGGUAUUACAGCGUACAAGUAAGUGUUUGAAACUUUGCAUUUUUAUGCUUGUCAUAAUACCACUGUGCUGCUUAUUUUUAAGUACAAGUGAUCUAAUUAACUUGCUUACUCGUAUUAUCGGCUAAUAUCUCAUCAGAAAUAGAAAACACAAGGUUUAAAAUCUACCCUGCUUUCAAAAUUCAGAUUGGGACGGGGUUAGGUCUGUUUUUGAUUUUUAAUGUGCAGGCCUGGAAAUUAGAACUUGAAGCUUUAGUCAAUAAAAAACAAAUUGCAGUCAAUCCCAUUUUGCUAAAUUUAAAACUAAAAUGGCUAAAACUGGGGUUGCAUCCGAGGUGCAGAAGUAUUCCACAUCAGCUAUUUUUUUUACUUUAUUUUUAUCGGCAUCUUGUAAGAUGCAGACUAAUAGUAAACUAACCUGUAUGCUUUAGCAUAGAAAAAAAGAUUGUCUACUGAAAUUAUGUAUAUAGGAAAAAGGGCGUUUAGCCCUCCAAAAUGACAAUUUCAGAAAUUAAUAACUCGCAUGAACGGUCAGUGAAUUUCAAACACGGUCAAAAGAUAAAGUAGGAACUGCUUUUUUAGUAUAUUUUUAAUGCUUAACUGCUUAACAAAAUGCAGAGCUACCAUUGGUAAGUUCUGCCAUUUCUUCCAACUGCCACUAGUGAUGGCUGUAGGUAAAAUGGCAUUGUCUGUGGAGGUUGCUGCAGCCUUGGGGGAUCCUCCAUAGUCCUCAUUGUUUUACUCCCGUGCAUGCAAGACCAGCAGUGUCAGUGAGGGGCUGGUACAAGAAAGUAAAAAUUGCGCAGCCACUUAACACCCAGCAGAGCAGCCACCGUCGGGCAUCAUUGCCAAAUAUGCAAAGGCCUUGGUUUGUGAGAGAGCUGCUUAAAGACUUCAGCAAAACAUGUAUUGUGUGUGUGUAUGUAAGAUCAUGUUGCAAAUGCAUUCUGUUUUUGCUAUAAAAAAAAUACAUUUUAAGAUGUUCUAUUUAAUUGCUAGGACUGGGUUGCCUUUGUGGAGAUUGCUGAUUUAGAGGAACGGGCCAAAAGUCAGUUUUUUGAAAAGGUGCAUGAGGAGGUCAUUUUAAAGACUCAAGAGGCUGCUAAAGAGAAAAAAUUUCAAAGUAUAGUUGCUGGCCCAGCAGGGUCUGAUGAGGUAAGUUUCUUUUUGUAUUUUUUUUUUUUAAAGGUUCCUUGUAAAGAUAAAUGCAAAGUAUGACUCUUGCCAAGUUUUUUCAUGUAUUUGUUUAUGUUGGUGUGGUCCUAAUUUUAUAAUAAUGAAUAUGCAGCCCAGUGUCCAUCUUCAUUCCCUUGACUCUUCCUUGAGUUUCAACAAUAUUUGUGACUAGAGAUGUUGUAUGCCUGCCUUUUGUUACAUAGUAAAUACCAAGUGCCCUUUUCAGUUUAAUCCUGCAAUUGUUAUUAUUGCAGUUAUUGAUAAACUGCAAUAAUUCUCGCAGACUUAAUUCCACUUUUAGGGGAUGUCUACCAGACAGCCACUAGAGGCGCUUCAUGGUCGUUAGACCCUUUUGGUCGUCUAACUGACGCUGGACGUCCUCACUCCCUGCAUGAAGACAUCCAGCGUUCGUUAAAACCCCACAAGAAAGCAUUGAUUCAAUACUUCCCCAUGGGGUAGUCCUAGUGUGAUUGCAGACUAAGUGGCAAAAACGUUUUUUAAUCCUCACUGUGUUGCAGGGAGGGUACUAUAGGGUACUGUACUUUCAUUUCCGAUUAAAGGACCACUCUAGGCACCCAGACCACUUCAGCUUAAUGAAGUGGUCUGGGUGCCAGGUCCAUCUAGGGUUAACCCAUUUUUUUUUAUAAACAAAGCAGUUUCAGAGAAACUGCUAUGUUUCUAAAUGGGUUAAUCCAGCCCUCAAAUCCUCUAGUGGCUGGAUCAUUGACAGCCGCUAGAGGCGCUUGCGUGAUUCUCACUGUGAAAAUCACAGUGAGAGCACGCAAGCGUCCAUAGGAAAGCAUUGUAAAUGCUUUCCUAUGAGACUGGCUGGCUGAAUGCAUGUGCAUGGGAGGAGGAUCGGAGGAGAAGAGCUCCCCGCCCAGCGCUGGAGAAAGGUACGUUUUAACCCCUUUCCUCUCCCCAGAGCCGGGCGGGAGGGGGUCCCUGAGGGUGGGGGCACUAUAGUGCCAGGAAAACAAGUGUUUUCCUGGCACUAUAGUGGUCCUUUAAGAUAGCGAUGCAACAUUAAAGUAACAUUGUGUUUUUCAAAGGAAACUCCUGUGAGUCUCUCAUUUGCAACAGUGUGUGUGUGUAUUUAUGGAUGUAUGUAUGUGUAAAUUAUGAGACCUGUAGUCUUCAAAAGCAGCCUUGUAAACCGUAAGUGAUGACUUUUACAGCCAGGUGGAUCAGUUGUAAUUAAUUUUGUUUGAAAGUUAAGGUUGAUGACUGCUACACAAACUGUAAAGAUGAUUGUCUGAACAGCUUGGCUUGGUGUCCAGAAAAUUGUGUGAAUUGACUUUUAUUUUGAUUCACUUAAAGGUCCCAUUUGUCAGGUUUAUUUUUUUUGUUCUUCAAAUAUCUUUUAACCCUUCUUUGCUCAGGAAACUGGAUGCAACUUGUCUGCAACCAUUUAUACAUCAGAGCUGUUAUUUGGCAUCAACAGUGGUUUCAGUCUUGAUGCAGAACUCAUGUGACCCCAUAUCCAAGUCACACAGGUAUUGGGCACUUCAAAAGGAAAAAUGUUUCGUUUGUUUGAUUGCAUCUGAUUUCUGUUCUAGAUCUGUGAAAUUUGUGAGGAACAAUUUGAACAGUAUUGGGAUGAGGAGGAAGAGGAGUGGCAUCUCAAAAAUGCCAUGCGUGUAAAUGACAAGGUGAGUCUACCAAUAAAAAUGAGUAGCCUACACAAUGUGGAAAUUAAAGGCUUAAUAUAUGGUGAUUUGGAAAUAAAAGCUUCAUGAAUUAGUAGAUUUCUCACUUUCUUAAUAUGCACUAUUUUAAACUUAUUUUUGUUUUGUCCAGAUUUACCAUCCUUCAUGUUAUGAAGACUACAAAAAUGUAAGUUGUUUAUUCUUUCCUUGUUUUUUGUGUUAUUUGAAAUUUAUUUCCAAGAAGCAGAAGGAUGCUGGUAGCAUGAUAACUCUUUAUUAAUCUCUAGUUCUGCAACUUGUUCUACAGCUGUGGUGUUUAUGUACCUUUUUUGAUUAUAUGUAUAAUCCGCAUUCUUCAGUUUUUGUAAGCAAGCCUGACAAUGCCACCAAUUCACCUUAUUUCUGUAAGUGAUCAAAUUCCAUCUUCGUGUUGGACUCUUAAGGCCUAUGAUUGGUCACUCUCAGGAUGCUUGUAAACUAAUUUUACAGUCUGCUUCAUUUAUUCGUUAUAAAAUGUUAAAACUGCACCGUCCGCUUGCAUGGUGGCAUCUAGUAGGGAAAUUGGGAUAUACUUAACUCUUCCAGUCGUCUUACACUAUUCCAGUUUUUAGCACCUUGCAUAUGCAGCUGCCAGGAACAGCUUCGCCUUUGUAAUCUUUGACACGUGUAGAGUAGAGUACAAAGUUUAAGAAACUGAAGGAUACUUUGCAGGUCUGCUCACACAUGCACAGUGAGAUGCCCUUUACUGUAAGCUGCUACAGUUCAUAGCUAAUGGGAAAUUAUUACUGCCCAAUGCCAUUACCAUUUUCCUUACUUGUCAUAUGUUUAUCUUUUUGUGUUGGAAAUGUAUUUAAUUUUUUUUGCAAGGAUUUGGUCUCUGUGGGAAAACUGCCAUGCCAGUCCUCUUAAAGUCUUACUCUUCAUCUGGUAUAUCUAAGGGUUGGCAUAGUUUAAACAUUUAACCUUUAUUUUAAGAAGAAAUAUCGGGUAAAUUAUUUAUUUUUUGUUUUCAUUCUUGAAAAACAUAUUGGAUAAAUGUCCACUAGCUCGGUGUUCUAUUUACGUAGACUGUUUACAUUUUAUUGCUGAUGCCAUUAAUUAUCCUUUCUUUUUAGACAUCAUCUUUCUUGGAUAGCACACCGUCUCCGAGCAAAACAUUUUUGGAAAACCCACUCAAUGCUAUGUUAAACCUAGUUAAGGAAGAAGUGAAAGAUUUCUCACCUCCUGUUGAAGUAAAACAAGAACCGAUGGACACUACUACGGUCACAAGUUGUAGCGAAACUAUACCUUUACUUACAGAAAUAAAAACAGAACCUACAGAACCAGAAUAAUCCACCAGAGGAGCCACAGCACUAAUACAUUUUCAACUGGGGGCUGGGUCCUCGGUAUAAUUUGAUAACUCCUUAAAUACGCUUAAUACAUUUUUGUAUUUGAAUUUCUUAUUGCCUGCACAGUUUCAUGUGUGGAAAUUCUGUAAAUGUGUGCAGAUAAAGAUGAAAUUGUAUUUAAAGUAAUGUACAAUUUUCACAUGAACAAAAUAAAAUAUUUUUGCUAUAAAUGGAGUGUAAUGUUUCUGCACGCCAUAAAAAGGUAAAUAUUUCUUUGCUUUUUGCGGUUUAAAGUGAUUUUUUUUUUUUUUCUGUGGUAAAUGUUGCUAUAAAUCUGAUCAACAUGCAGAUAACAGCUUUAUUUGCUUUGCUACAUUUGAAGAAAACAUGACAAUCUUAACGGAAAUAAAAGUUUUAUUUAUCAAACAUGACUGAAAUUCACUCACACAAAGAAUAUAUAAAUAAAUUAAACCCAACGUAAGAAUGGUGUUUGUGCUAAGGAUGUGGCACAGUAAGUUGAUUUUUUUUUCACGUUAAGUGUGUGCAACUUUUUUCUUUUCUUAAGUAGCUUAUAGGUUCCAACAGGAAAUAGUAUUUGCAAAAAAACAUUCAGUAUUUGAUUUUCAACUACAUUAGAUGCAUACUUUCAAAAUGUUAAAAUUUCAGAACGCUAAUAAACAGAGUGAAAUAAAC